GGUGCCUGCGCCAUUUCCGCGCCUUCCCGCCACCGCAUCCGGUCCCGCGGCCACGCUGGAGCACAUGCGCACUCGCGCCCACGCGCCGCCUGGUCCCCCCGGGAAGUGAGACCCGCGGCGGAGUCGAGCGGAGCUGCCUGGGCCAUGAGAUCAUUCCCGGGGGCGGGGCGCUCGUGGCCCCGCCCCCUGAGAGUUCCUCCUCCAAUGAGAGGAGAGCGAGGCCGACGCCGCUGGCCAUUCGCACCGGUAACGGUUGCCGCGCGGACACGGGGCGGCGCAGGCGCACACGGACGCACGCGCGCUCGGGGCGGUGGUUGGAGGCUCCGGGAGGGCGGCUCGGUGGGCUGCCGGCGGCGGGCGCGGCGAUGGGCGAGGCGGACGCGGGGACGCCCUCCUUCGAGAUGACCUGGAGCAGCACGACGAGCAGCGGCUACUGCAGCCAGGAGGACUCGGACUCGGAGCUGGAGCAGUACUUCACGGCGCGCACCUCGCUGGGGCGCCGGCCGCGCCGGGACCAGGUGGGGGCCGAGGCGGCGGGCGGCGGGCCGGCGAUCGCGGGACCCCGCCCCUGCCCGGACGAGCCCGUGCAGUGGGAGACACCUGACCUUUCUCAGGCUGAGAUUGAGCAGAAGAUCAAGGAGUACAACGGCCAGAUCAACAGCAACCUCUUCAUGAGCCUGAACAAGGACGGCUCCUACACAGGCUUCAUCAAGGUGCAGCUGAAGCUGGUGCGCCCUGUCUCCGUGCCUGCCAGCAAGAAGCCUCCCACCUUGCAGGACGCCCGGCGGGGCCCAGGGCGGAGCACAGCCGUGAGGCGCCGCACCUCCUUCUACCUGCCCAAGGAUGCUGUCAAGCACCUGCACGUGUUGUCACGCACGCGGGCACGCGAGGUCAUCGAGGCCCUGCUGCGCAAGUUCUUGGUGGUGGAUGACCCCCGCAAGUUCGCACUCUUUGAGCGGGCUGAGCGCCACGGCCAAGUGUACCUCCGGAAGCUGUCGGAUGAUGAGCAGCCCCUGCGGCUACGACUCCUUGCGGGGCCCAAUGAAAAGGCCCUGAGCUUCGUGCUGAAGGAGAAUGACUCUGGGGAGGUGAACUGGGAUGCCUUCAGCAUGCCUGAGCUCCACAACUUCCUGCGCAUCCUACAGCGGGAGGAAGAGGAACACCUCCGCCAGAUCCUGCAGAAGUACUCCUGUUGCCGCCAGAAGAUCCAGGAGGCCCUGCAUGCCUGCCCCCUGGGGUGACCUCUUAUCCCCCUGGGUGGAAGGAGGAGCGUAGGCAGCACAGAGGGUGUGCCGUGUGAGUGUGACAGGGCCUGUCUGGCCUGAGGAAUGAGUGUGCAUGGAGGCCCUCAUCUGGCUGGCGGAAUGAACCCAGAGAGCAGCAAAGGAGCGGGCCCCCAGUGUCCACCCGUGGGUGUAGCAGAGCAUGGCUCUGCACCCUCUGCCCUUCGUGUCCUGAGUCAUGGUGGACAGGGUUACAGCAAGGGUAGAGCAGACAGAAGUCUCCUUAAUUUGUGUCUCAGAUACGAGAAUCUUGGAGACCCAACCAACAGAAUCAGGUCUUGUUUGCAGGGAUGAGGACCCUCAGCUAUGGGGAAGGGAUGUAUGUCUGGGAUGGGGUCUCAGGACCAAUAGUGGGUGCUGAAGACCAGGCAGGCAUCGAGAAAGAAUGCAGGUUUCCCUCUGCAGUGCCCUGGGCUCUGGCACACCCUGGUGUCCGCGCACUGCUGCCACUGCAGCAACAGUGCCUCAGUGCACCUCCAAGGAGGAGGACCUGGGCUGGGGUCUGUGGGCACUGGCUCAGGUCCAUGCCUUGUUUGCCAAUCAAAGCCAGGGUCUUACUUGGGGUAUUUUUCAUGAUGUGUGUGAAUGCAUAUUUUGUGGCCUCAGCUGAAUGCCUCCUGUGGGGAAAGGGGUGGGAAUGACAGUCAUCAUCAGGGCCUGGGGCUUGGGAAAACUUGGCUGAAUAAAGAUUCAAGACUCUC